ACAUGUGUUUGUCAAAGCGUAUCAUUGAGGGAAGUGUUUGAAAGCAGGUUGACACGUUCAAGAAAUGAUGCAAAUGUGAGGUUGGCGGCAUUAGAGCUCCGAAGGCCACAGUCACCGACGCAAAAUGUCGACGUCGAACACCGACUCUCAUCAAUCCUUGAAAUUGGCCGUUGCCAUGGCUCUCCUCCGUUCUAAGCUCCUCCACAACACCAACCCUCCUCCUCCACAUUCCGACGCUCUUCGUUGGAAGCGAAAGGCCAAGGAGAGAAAACAAGAGCUUCUUAGGCUCAAGGAAGAUCUCAGGGAAGCCGAAGAUGGUUUACGACAUGAUCUCUUCCCGCCAAGCGCUUCUUGCAAGUGCCAUUUCUUCGAUGAUUUGGGGAAAUUGAGCCCCAAUCAGUUCGAACGUGGCUCUAAUCGCAACUUCAAUGAUGUUCUUCGCCGGAGAUUUCUCAGACAAGUGCGGUUGAAGGAACGAAGGAGAAAAAGAACGGAUGAUUCAAUCAAACAUAACCAUUAUUCAGAUAUAGUCUGCGAGGAUGAAACAGAACAACUUAGGGCCUCAAUUGAUUUUCUGGUGGAGCUUUGCGACACUGCUUCUCCUGUGGAGAACAGUAACUUCACAAACUGGUCACACCAAGCUGUUGACUUUAUUUUAGCUUCAUUGAAGAAUCUGCUAUCAGUGAGAAAGAAUGUGGAAUACAUUAAAGGAAUUAUCAACAGCUUAAUUAAGCAUUUGGUCAGAAGGUUGUGUACGCCCUUAAAAGGAGAUGAGUUACAUCAUUUGGAUGCUGAUCACCAGUUCUAUGUCCAGCACUUGAUCCGCAAGCUUGGAAGUGAUCCCUUUGUUGGACACCGGGCAAUACUCUCAGUUUCUCAAAGAAUUUCUUUGAUAGCUGAAAGUUUGCUUUUCUUGGAUCCUUUUGAUGAUGCUUUUCCAAAUUUGCAUGGUUGUAUGUUUGUGCUGAUCCAGCUUAUUGAAUUUCUGAUAUCAGACUACUUCUUGGUUUGGUCAAGAGAUGAAGGUUUUGACAACAUUUCAAAUUGCAGUGCUGUUUGUCGAGUGGGUGACAUCAAUUCUUCAUGCACGGAAAGCAUUAGAACUCUUGGAAAGCAGGAAUGGGCUUUAUGUUCUAUACAUGGAUAGGGUGACUGGGGAGUUGGCUAAACAUGUGGGUCAGGUUUCACUACUCCAGGAGCUCAACCCUGAUAUUAUUAAUAUCCUGUUCCAUUGACAAAAUUCUUUUGCAUAUUUUUCAGCACUGUAAACCACAUGCCUGAAUUUUUUCUUGUAAAUCUAUUUUUAGUUUGAAAAAUAGAGACGGUUCUGCACACUUGAAUAUUAGGAUCAUGUUCCUUUAACAAAAUUCAGAACCAGAGGACCUCAUUCUCUCUUAUCAUCAGUUUUCUCAGUAGAAACUAUAAUGAUAUUCUGUGUGGUUCUUUCAUUUAA